CGUCUCUCCGCUUGGCUCGAGCGCGCGUGCGCGUUGUCGGCGUCCUGGUCUGGAACAUGGCGGCGCGGUCGCUGUGGGCGGUGCAGCGGCUGCAGCGCCUCCUGGCCUCGGGGCUUGUGUCAGAGAGCGGGGGAUGGCUACACCCAUUCAGCACUGCCACCCAAAGAACUGCUGGGGAAGACUGCAGUUCUGAGGACCCUCCUGAUGUACUCGGUCCCUCCCUUGCUGAGCAAGCCUUAAGGCUAAAAGCUGUUAAACUGGAAAAAGAAGUCCAGGAUUUAACACUGAGAUACCAGAGAGCUGUCGCUGAUUGUGAAAACAUAAGGAGACGAACUCAGAGAUGUGUGGAAGACGCCAAGAUAUUUGGAAUCCAGAGCUUCUGUAAGGACUUGGUGGAGGUGGCCGACAUUUUGGAGAAGACUGCCAAGUGUUUUUCAGAAGGAACCAAACCUGAGGACCACAAGCUUACUCUGGAAAAAGUCUUUCAAGGACUGUCCCUUUUAGAAGCAAAGCUGAAGAGCGUGUUUGCCAAGCAUGGCCUAGAGAAAAUGACACCGAUUGGUGACAAAUAUGACCCUCAUGAGCAUGAACUCAUCUGUCACAUGCCAGCAGGUACUGGGGUACAGCCUGGCACUGUGGCAUUAGUACGGCAAGAUGGUUACAAACUUCAUGGCCGCACCAUUAGACUUGCCCAAGUAGAAGUCGCAGUGGAGUCUCAGAGAAGGCUAUGAACAAGCCCCCAGGAACUGAAACUCUCGCAGGUUCUGGCACCUGUGUCUCCUUUAUUUAUUAAGCUGGUUUGUAUUAUACAUGAGGUCCUUCGUGUGCUCCACUUUGGAUUUAGUCAUAUUGGCUUUAUCUCUACAGUAUCUUAUUGGUUUAUGUGGCCUGUUUGGUCUCAUCAGAAAUCCUGCCACUGGACAUUUGAACAAUGUGACGAGUGUCCUAUGGCCUUUUUCAAAAUGUUUACAAAAAUCAUUUAAGUUGGUACUCUGAUGACUGAAUCCAAAAUCCCUUUUGUUUUCAACUAAUUUCUGGAAUUAGUGCAGCAUCGUGUGUCUUAUAUUUUAUGGGAAAGGGAGAUGGUAGGGAUUGGUGUGACAUUUAGGUACUUAGAUUGACAAAGCUUUACCCUUGUAUAAAUUUAGAUCAUUUGGGUUGACAUAUAGAGAGAUUUUUCAAGACUUUAUUUCAUUUUUUAUUUAGUCAUCUUUUUUACUUGUAAUCCCUGCUAGGGGUCACACAUUGUUCUAUAGCCACCCCUUUCUUGUUCCUUUUGGAAGGGCUAAAGGGUCGGGCCAGUCUUCCUUUUUUCUUGUUUAUAAGGUGUGCUCUUUUACUAAACUGAUCUCAAGUCUAUGAACAGGUAAGCUCUGACUGCCUUGACAACACAACCCACUCCCAGGGAGACCAAAAGCCUCCAUAAAUCUCAAGUUGGAGCCGGGCAGUGGUGGCGCACGCCUUUAAUCCCAGCACUCGGGAGGCAGAGGCAGGCGGAUCUCUGUGAGUUCAAGACCAGCCUGGUCUACAAGAGCUAGCUCCAGGACAGGCUCUAAAGCUGCAGAGAAACCCUGUCUUGAAAAAAACAAAGAAACAAACAAACAAAAAUCUCAAGUUGGAGAGUCCAACAUGAGGGGCCAAGCACAGUAGCUGACUGUUCAAAAUUAAAAACAAAGUAUUAGGGGUUUUUUUUGCAUAAUUUUUUUGCAAUAUGUAAUUUACACAAAAGUAAUGCUGCUGUCUCAUCUCACUUGCAUGCACUCGGAUGAUCUGGGCAUCCUCCUUUCUGGAUUAGGGUGGGGUGCUUCUCUGGGGAGGACAAGGGACUUCCUGUUAGCAACAACAAAAUGCGAAGUCUUCAACCACAUUGCAAAACUUUGGGGAUGCUUAUCCCAAAUCAGCUGCUGUCACCUUCACCAUUCCAGUUUUUAAAUCCUGAAUCAAAAGCACCAAAAAAAAAUUAUAUAUUUAUAAUUGAGAAAAAGAACAAAGUUGUCUCAGGGUUUUUUUUUCCAUGCACAUUUUGUCAAGAAAAGGUGUGAACACAGCUCCGUCAUUGUCCACCUAGAAUCAUUUGCAGUACAUGAAGGAAGGACCGUAUUCCUUGUACUCUUCCUUGCUGAACCAUUUCUGCUGGAAGGUAGACAGGAGGCCAUGGUGGAACAGCCCAUCCACAUGGAGUACUUGCACUUGGGGAGAAUGGUGUUGAUCUUCACGGUACUAGGAGCCAGAGCAGUGAUCUGUAUCCUGGUGUAAUCGAUGCCUGGGUACAUGGUGGUACCUACAGACAGCACUGCGUUGGCAUAGACGUCUUUGCUGUAUUGACAGCACACUUGAUGGUAGAUUUGAAGAUAAGUUCAUGGACACCACAAUAGUCCAUACCCAGAAAGGAAGGCUGGAAGAGCGCCUGGGGACAGCACAAUUGGUCCUUGCUCAUAGUGAUGACCUGGCUGUCGGGCAUAACUCUUCUCCAGGAAAAAGGAUGCAGCAGCAGCCAUGCCUUACUGGAAAUCCAGGGCAAAAUGGCACAAUUUCUUGAUAUUAGAUCAGUUUCCUGCUUGGCUAUGACGAGGUUGUAGCCAUGUUUAUUCUGGAACUUCAUGGGUAGUUCCUGUAGAUGGGCACUGGUGGGGGUGCGUGUGUGUAGUCCAUCAUGAAGAGUAGUUCCUGUAGAUGAGCAGUGUGUGUGUGUGUCCAUCAUGAGGCAGGUGAUACCAUUAGAGCUGUACAGACAGCACAGCCUUGGUGGCUGUGUGAAUGACUAGAGUGAUGAUCUUGAGCAUGAUCUGGGUCAUCUCUUCAUGACUGGUGUGGGGUUAAGGGAACCUUGGUAAGCAGCAAGUGCUCUUCCAGGGAGGGCCACACGUGGUUCAUUACAUAAGGUGUAGUGUCAUCUCUGUUAUCCAAGUUGGUGACAGUACCACUCUCCAUGAAUACCUCAGCAUCAGGAUGCUUUUGGUCUGGGCCUUGUUGCCCAUAUAGGAGUCCUACUGGCCCAUGCCCACCAUCACACCCCCAGUUUGGUGGUUAAAACACCAUAGAAGCAAGAGAAGCCUUGGUCGCAUCCUCGCCUAUGCAGCCAGCGUUGUACAUGCUGGGGCCCGUGUAGCAGUAUCUGCUUCCAUGGCAGAUGGUAGCAGGUUGAGACUCAGCAGCAGAGAGACUUGUGUGUGUCAGGUGAGUGUGGGUUCUGCAGAUCCUCUUCCCUUAUAAGCAGAGUUAUUUUCAGCCCCUUGGGUAUGAAAUACCUGUGAUAAUACCAGCAGCAAAAAACCCAAACACAAUUGUGUAGGUAGUUACCUACAAAUGGCUGGUUCCACCAACCCUUACUCCUGUCCUUGGUCAGAUUUGCCCUGGGAUCUUAUAUUACAUUGUAUGGGAAGGUUAAUGGACAAAGUGCUGGACUCCCAUGAAUUUCUCAUCUAAUAAUGCUGAGGUAUGCCUUUUUUCCUUUGUGGUUGAGACUGACAAAUUACUUCUCACAUCAACAAACUUAAUUUGUGUUUUUAGCACUGGGGAUUGAGUGCAAGGUCUCCAGAAUGCUAGGUAAGCACUCUGCGACUGAGCUCUGCUCCCAGCCCUGACAAGCUUUGUUUCCUAGUUCUUAAAUCCAUCUUAAGCCAUAUUUGUUUGAACGUCUAUCUCCUCAUUUAUGUAUUAACCUUGUAAAUUUUAUGAACCUGUAUAUUUUUUUACAUCUUAACUGAUGCUGUAUAAAAGAUUUUACUUUUACUAAGUUAGCCAAAGGAGCACUAAGGUUCUCUUGAUAUAACCCUGCCAGGCAGGCGGGAUAGCCUUGGUUAACUGCCUGGGAAAAGCAGUGCUGGCCUGUCUUGGGAUUAACCUUGUCGAUAUUUACAUUCCCCAUUUGUCCAAACAGUCAAACCUUGUCAUUCCUGGCUCUGAAAUGUGGUUAAUGACUCGAAGUAUACCUUGGAGCCAGGAAACUAUAGGCUGCCAGGGAUUUCUGUUCAGGGCUGGCUCCCUUUCAUGCAUUAGCCAGAAGCAGUCGCCUACUGGCCUGCAAGUUUUUCUUUUACUCAUCUGGUGAUGGAGUGAAUUCUCGUGGGAAGGCCUUUCAAUUCUGUAAUAUAGUGUUACCCUUCCUGCUGCCUCUGAAGCUCAAAAAUCUAGUCGGUUUUAGGACAGACUCGAGACAGUCCUUCUAGAUUCUUUGGACUGUCAAUUAAACUGGCACAAACUGGAUGAAUGAGAGGAAAAGCAAACUCCGUUGUCUAUGUGAACACAAUAGUCGUGCAAAAUCUGAGAGUCGGCCUCAGAAAACUGGUGCUUUGAUCACAUCCUGACCUACAGAAGAGGCCUUCUGGAAGACAAAACUAUGAUGAGUGUGGGUGGUCUCAGACGUCUGGGGAAGCCCUUUGAUACAUAAAACUGCCAAUGUGCAUUUCCUUUCAACUACUGCAUUAAAAAAAGGAAAGUCAGUCUCUCAGCUACUCCCGUGACUGCAGUUUCCCAAAAUAAUAACCAGCACAAUAUAUAGCAAAGACUAUGUUGGGGCGGCAUAUUCUAAUCUCAGACUUCCAAUCAUAUUUUCAGGUGGUAAGUUAACCCUCAAGAGAAUGAAGCCAUCCCCUUUGACCUCCAUCAGAUCUAAACACCUAGACAAAGAUAAGACUUGGAGAUGGUAUAAAGUGUACUGGGAGCAGUAAAUACUACUUUCUAAAAUUGUUUCUUUUUUAUCUUUUACACAGUAUUUUGCCUGCAUGUGUAUCUGUGUGAAGGUGUUGGAACACCUGGAGCUCAAGUUUAAAACAGUUGUAAGCUGCCAUGUGGGUGCUAAGAAUUGAAUCCAAGUCCUCUGGAAGAGCAGCCAGUGCUCUUAACCACUGAGCCAUCUCUCCAGCCCCCAAAUUUUUAAAAAAUAUAUGACCAUAUUUUAUGUGUGUGUUUUGUCUCCAUCUAUCUCUGCACCAUGUGCUUGUGGAGGCCAGAAAAGGGUGUGAGAGCCCCUGGAACUGGAGUUAGAAAUGGUUUGUACACCAUGUGUAGGUAUACUUAAAAAGUAUUAUUUAUUGUAGACUGAGACAUGACUCAAUGAUUAAGGGCAUUCCAACUGCUCUUCCAGAGAACCCAGGUUCUAUUUCCAGGACUCUGCAGUCAAAAGAUUCUCUUGGCAAGGCAUUAUUUUACCAUCUUACUAAGUGCCUGUUUAAGGAACAGUGAAAUUCCACAAUAUGAAUUUGCCUUCGUUCCUACAAGAUUGACAGGUGGAAACAGUGAGAAAAUGGGCCAUGUAUAUUUUAGAGUUACUUGCUGUCCUUGCAAGUGAACUAGAACAGACUGUUGUUUUAAAAGUUCUGUUAUCUAGAGUGUUCUGAUCUCUCCACACAUUUUUUGCAAGUAGAUCAAUGUUAGGUUCUUUUAUUCUGUUUUGCAGACUUAAAUCAUGAAUUCACAAUGAGAUGAAGCUAUAAUAAAAGAAGCUCAAAGAAGGGACAUGGAAGCCACAACAGUGUAGUAGAACUCAGACUUGGUAGCAUAGACACUGAGGGCAGUUCUGGUACCUGUGACUUCUGCCACCAGUCAUUCCAUGUUUACAAAAUGGUUAUGAUUCAUGACACUGAGGAGUACAUGAAACUCCAGUAAAUUCUCCUGUUUUGUUACUUAAAUUAUCACAGUUUUUCUCACAUUUUUACGAUUGUCUAAAGUCUAGGGGAAAGGGAAGACCGGCUAAGUGAUUGUAUUAAAAAUAAAUUGUAAGCUAA